GAGGGAGCGGCGGGCGAGGCAGGAAGGCAAAGUCGCGGCCGGCGCUGCUGCUUUCGCUUUCUCUGGAAGGAAGAGAAGCGACCGAAGCGGCGGCGGCAGCGAUGGCUCUUCUGGACGUCUGCGGAGUGGAGCGCGGCGGCUGGGACUGGAAUCCGCUCCGAGGAGGAGACGCCGCCACGCAGCCGGGGGGAGUCGGGCAUUACGCCUUCGGGGUGCGGGAGCCCCGGAUCGCUGUGCCCCACGGGAGGCAGCCCUGUGAGUUCCUGCAGACCCAUUGCGAGGGCGGCGACGAUGGGGAACGGAUCAAGCUGGCCCACGGCACCACCACGAUGGCCUUCACUUUCCAGCACGGCGUGAUCGUAGCCACCGACUCUCGGGCAUCGGCUGGCAAAUACAUCAGCACCAAGCUGUGCAACAAAGUGAUUGAGAUCAACCCCUACUUGCUUGGCACCAUGUCUGGGUGUGCGGCUGAUUGCCAGUACUGGGAACGGCUCCUGGCCAAAUACUGCAGACUGCACUACCUGCGCAACAAUGAACGGAUCAGCGUCUCAGCGGCCUCCAAGCUCUUGGCCAACAUGCUGGCGGAGUACCGGGGGAUGGGGCUGUCCGUGGGCAGCAUGGUGUGUGGAUGGGACAAGAAGGGUCCUGGCCUAUACUACAUAGACGAUAACGGGGUGCGCCUGGGCGGCCCCCUCUUUUCCACGGGAAGUGGAAACACUUAUGCCUACGGGGUGCUGGACAGCGGGUACCGCCCCGACCUCAGCGUGGAGGAGGCCUACGACCUCGGCAGAAGGGCCAUCUCGUACGCAACUCACCGCGAUGCCUACUCGGGCGGCAUGGUGAACAUGUAUCACAUGAAGGAAGAUGGCUGGAUCCGGGUCGGGCGUACGGACGUCAGCGAGCUGCUCCACCAGUACGCAGAGGCCAAGAAAUGAACGACAAGGAACCACAAGCGUUGGAGAUGCUGUGACACUCAGGGGCGAAGGAAAAAAAAGGGACAGGUGCGCGGUGAUAACGGGGCAAAAAUAAAGUGUUUUCUUUGAUAAAGGC